GUUGCCAUUGAGCGGAGCGAUAAACAAAUGCCCCAAUUUCAACACUACGAAAUUCAUAUUUGGGUUUGUUUAUGUCUGAUAACCGCACGAAGCCUGUACCUCACGGACCUCAAUAAUACGAGCAAAUAUGUCAGCACAAAAGGACUGCGAGUUUUUAGUGAAACGGGCUCGGGAUCUUGUGUCCGAGGACCCGUGUGCAGCCAAGGCUUGGCUGAUAACCGCUCGAACCCUAUAUCCCACGGACUUCAAUAUUCAGCAUGAGAUGUACACUAUUGAGAGAAAUGCAGAGAAGACGGCUUCAGCGGGCAGAAUGCUAUACGACAUGUUCAUCAAUUUCCCUGAUCAGCCUGUUGUGUGGCGGGAGAUCACUGUCAUCACAGCUGCCCUGCGGAGCGACUGUCAGGACAAACAGGCUCAGUUCCUACGAGGUCUGUUUGAAACCCUGCCCGGCCCAGUGCAGUGUGAGGUGCUGCUGAAGGCCACAGAACAGUGCUUCAACACCCUGGAGAAGGCUGAGAUGCUCCUGUUACUGCUCAGGCGCUUCCCAGAGUCUGUAGUCCAACACGGGGUCAACCUGGGAGAGUCCCUAUUGGAGGCGGAGACGGCUGAAAAGUUGGAGACACCUGUCAACUGUUUCAGGAAGCUGUUUGUGUGUGACGUUCUCCCGUUGAUCAUAAACAACGUGGACAUGCGUAUGCCUGCCAGUCUGCUGCUGAAGUACAUGCUGAAGGCAGCAGAGUUCUACAUCGGUUAUGUCACGCGGGGCCCGUCGGGUGACGGACAGUUGCAGGGCAAAGCCCUAAACGGCUCUCAGGAGGGUGGUGGUCUGAAGUCUCCCAGUGUGUCUCGGGGGUCCCAGCGCUAUGUGAUUGAGGGGCUGUCAGAGAAGUCGUCGGUGGUGGCUGAGCCCUGGGAGAGACUGCUGGACAUCCUGGCAGUGGUGGGGGCCCGUUGCGAGUGGCAGGGGGACAAGGGACAGAGGGGCUACGUGGAGAUGCUGCAGUGGAUUAAGGAGCUGUGUCGCUACCUGCCCAGUCUAGAGGGAGAGACCAGGUCACGGUGCUGCAGUCAGGUGGUCAUCUGUGCCUCGCUGGUCCUCUUCCGCAGCGCCUACCUCUACGUCUCAGCUGUACAGCCUGCUCUGUUUCAGGGUGUGAAUGCGUUGGCCUCGGGGUCGUGGAUACUGCUGGAGGAUCUGAGCUCAGUGUACAGUGAGGUAGAACUGGAGAGAGGAGCAGGGAAACACGCUCACAAGAAACGCAAACUGGCCGAUGGUCGCGAGAAGACCAUGAGCUCAGACGACGAUGAGGGCCUGGGGAAGGGGCGUGGCCGGAACAUCAUGGUCAACAAAACAGAGAUGCCCGGGUGGGCAGAGACUCUGGAGAGCUUCCGUUUGGCCAGGGAGAGCUGGGACCUCCUGUCCCACGACAGCCUGGAGACCGAAUUCAACCAGAUCUGUUCCUCAUGGAAGACAGACAACUGGCUUUGGUUCAGAAUAUUCCUCACAGAUAUGAUCAUAUACCAGGGCCAUUACCGUAAGGCCCUGUCCAGCCUACUCCAGAUGUCUGUGUUUCAGCAGCCUCAGCCUGGACAGAGCUCCCCAGGACAGGGUAACCUGGAGCACCACAGGACCCUUAUACAGCAGGCCUCCUGCCACUACGCACUGGGAGAGUACAGGAUGGCGUGUGAAAAGUUACUUGAUGUAGUUGGUGGGCUGGUCCCCCAAAACCAGGAUCCAGUUAAGAACACUGACGACUCGGGCAAAGCCAGAAACAAGCCCAGGAAAGGCAGUGAUCUGAGGCUGCUGCCCUGUACUAGUAAAGCCAUUCUGCCAUUCUGUCUUCAGCUGAUGUUCGCCUGUUUCAAGCUUCGUGCCUUCACGGACAGCCGAGACGACCUGUCCUUGGGUCAUGUGGUGGUGCUCCUGCAACACGAUUGGCCACAGGGCGAGUCUCUGUUCCUGAAAGCCAUCGAUAAGAUCUGUCAGCAGGGCAGCUUCCAGUAUGAGAACUUCUUCAACUACGUCACCAAUAUUGAUAUGCUAGAGGAGUUUGCAUACCUGCGCACUACGGCGGGGGGGCGGGUCCAGCUGGAACUACUGCCCAAUCAGGGAAUGCUAAUCAAGAACCCUAGUCCCGCCCUGGGUGGGGAGUUUAACACCCUGCUGCUACCUGGGGUGCAGACAACCGACAGGCACCACACGGUGACGCGUGGCAUCACAAAGGGGGUGAAGGAGGACUUCCGUCUGGCUAUGGAGAGACAGGUGUCACGCUGCGGGGAGAACCUGUACACUGUCCUCCACCGCUUCUGUGUCAAUGAGAAGAUCAUCAUCAUCCAGUCCCUGCCCUGAUCUGACACCUAACCUCUGACCCCUUCACCUUUAAACCUCGGACAUCUGACAUUUGAACCUGUUGAGACCAGGAGCCCAGGCUUAUGGGUCUAAUGUCCACAGUAAAAGCCUGGUCACUCCUCCUUGCAGCUUGUGUGCCCAGAAGACCAUCGUCGUCUUCCAUCAGACCUGACAAUUGAACUCCUGACCCCUGACCAAAUAACACACAUAAUUAGAAAGAGGCAGAUUCUUUGUUUUUCUCUUUCAAGGUUUUAUUUAUGGUGCUAUUUUCAUGAGGGUAAAAUAUUGGGCACUUUUUGUACUUCUUGCCUUAAAAUUAGAUGGGUACUUUCAGAGGAUGUACUUUCAGAGAAGGUUCUGUACUUGGGGAGCAUACUGUUUCUGAGGAUACUAAACAGGUAUUGGUCAUGACUAGUGUGUCUGUUGUAUUUGCUAUCUAGUGUCUUUCAUUGGCUAUCUUGAUACAUUUAGUUGACUUUGCCUAAUUGGAUCAUUUUGUGAAGUGUAUGGAAAAAAGAGGUUCCAAAUCAUUGUGAGAUUGUUGGAAAGUUGACAAAUGUGAGCUUGAUAUUGUUAGACAACGUUUUAUUGUUUUUCUUUUUCAUAAAGCUGUAGUAAAAUAGAUGUUAGUUUAUAUGAAUUCUCCAAUAAACCUGACUGGUUGGAAACAACA